CGCCUUCUGCCCGUUGUCCGCUACAUCCCUUGGGCAUACUACUCUUUCUCAUUAUGGCUGCCAGCAGUUUUGCUGCUCUAAUGGCUCUCAGCCAUAGUCAAACACAGGAAUCGGAUCGUGCUGUCAAAUCCGCACUCCAGGAGCGCCAACGAAAGGAACAAAUACGGAGAAAGCAGCAGGAUGAGCGGGAGUCAAAGGAGCGAGAGAUACAAGCAAAGAUACGUAUGCAGCGCUUGGAGCAGGAAAAGAAAGAACAUGAAAGGCAGGAGAAGCGAGAUCAGGAACAAUUAGCGAAGCAGCGAGAGAUACAGCGUCGGGAGGAGAAACAGCGCCAGGCGCUCCUUCACGGGCCAAAGAAAGGAAAGGACGGUGGUCCACGGUGGCCCGCCUCUUCUUCUUCUAAUAAGGACGAUGUGCGCAGACGCAGGCUACCCUCGGAUGAUGGCGACGACUCGGGCAGUACAGCUCUCACGCGCGAGGAGAAGCGCAAGCGCAGGCUCGAGGCCGAAUUCACGCGAGACCCUUCACGCAAACGCUUGACGACUAGUUCUGGCUAUACCAAGGCAGGCAGACGGUUGCCUGGUGGGGCCAUCGACAUAACCACAAACUCGUCCACGCCACCACCCGUCUCCUCUUCGGAUGGCUCAGUCUCUGUCCGAGCCCGCCUCGCGGCCAUGCCCAACACCCUGACGAAACUCAAUGUCGUCAAACGCGAUACUCGUACGAUUGACGAAAUUGUGCGAGAUCGGCAGAAGCUUCGCGAAUCCAAACUUCUAGAGGGCGAGGAGGCGCGAGAGUUCCACGACUGGUUCGGGUCCAAGCCUAAGGCGUCGGAGAAGCUAACGCCCACACCCGUUUCCAGGAUGAGCACGCCCUCUGCUAGUACGAUACCUGGAAAACCAUCCACCUCUAUCGCACCAAAUCCAGCACCCUCUAUAAUGCCAAAGAAAAGCCCAGCUUCUGUCGUCAAACCUAUACCUGCCUCAUCCUCCAAAGCCAACCCAUCUUCUGCGCUCAAGUCAGCACCUUUGCCUCGACAUCCGAAAGCCAGUACCACUUCAAAGGCUGAUAACAGGCCUUCUGCCAUGGGCACUCUCAAACCGUCGGCGAGUUUAUCCAAGAUUCCCUCAACUUCCAAGCUGGCUUCUAGAAGCUCGCAGCCUGUUACCAAACGACGACAGCGGUCUCCCUCCCUCUCUGACUCGCCGCCACCUCCAAAGCGCUCCAAGCCGAUGGACGAUAUCUCCAGCCAGAUUUGGAAACUCUUUGGAAAGGAUAAGGACGAUUAUAUGCGGCGCGACGUCUUCAGUGACGACGAAGACAUGGAAGCGGAUGCCCAUGACUUAGAAAAGGAGGAAAUGAGAAGUGCUCGUCUUGCUCGGAAGGAAGACGUAGAAGCGGAGAUGGAGGAAAAACGACGUGAGGAAGAGAAACGGCGACGCAAGAGAGAGCGUGAGCGCUCUAAUUAGCGACACUCAUACCUGCUUGUUGUGACGGACUUAUGGAGGACUCUAGAUAUGGUAUAAGGUUUUUUGUAUGUCGAUCAUGGACUUGUGUAGCUUAUGCUUGGCUUUGGACGGGUAUUGAGCAUGACAUGUAGAUGUCAUGCAUACCCUUGGUUAUUUACGUUCACCCUUUCUUCUCGCAUCCUUAUAUCCCACCAUCGCAUCUCUUGUCGUUAGCAACGCAUCUAGAAUGCGACCAUCGCACUAUGUAGAAUAGGAAUACUUUUUCAUGCACAGCUGUAAUUAUACAAAGCAGAACUCUUGAAAGGUGACUACAGAUGCGAAUCC